AUGCCUCGAGGCAAGAAAAGGAAGCGCGGCACAAACGACGCGCCAGGCAACCAGAAUCUUGCCUCAUCCAAGCAUCAAACCCCCGUGAAGAAAGAUUUACUGCUGCAGCACUAUCCCGUCGUAAGCACACUAAGGGAGCAUGUGCUGUCCAGCCUUCCUGAUACCUCAAAGAUUAGGCGGAAGAAGAUUGCAGCCUUAGGAUCCGGCGUAGAUGCCAGUGCCAUAGAGAAACAGCUUGUCCAUGUCCUUGACUCAACCUUGGUUGGCACCAGUGCUUCGACAAGUACAAAAUCCGACUCAGAGGAAGCUACAUGGCAGCAGUGGCUGUCCUUCUCCCAGAAAGCAGAUGAAUCAAAUGUGACUAUAUCUAACGGAAUAGCUGCAUCGAUUGCCAAACAAUCUGAGAUUAUUGAUUUUGUCAUCUGGCGGCUGUUUACAAGAGAGAGAGGACCUUGGCCCAAGCACAUCCUAUGCGAUGGCUUUCGUAGAAAUGUCAGAGACGAUCAACCCGUUAGAUCAACUAUCCCCGGAACAGGACUAUUCAGCCUCUAUCCCAACUUCCAUGUCAUGGCCCUUAGAGAGGCUCCAUGGCCCCAGCUCUUGGCCCUCCUAGGCCAGGCCGGUGAAAGAGUAAUGAUCAACCUGCUAUCAGAGUGCUCUGUAUUUCUCAAAGUUGAUGCAGGCCUCGACAACUACCUUCAGCUUACUGGUAUCCCCCUAUCCGAGCUGGAUGCCAUAUCGCUGGGCCAUAAGUCGAAGCCUCAGAUACGCAAACCCUCAGACAUUACCAUUGUUCGCAGUAGGAUCUUCUACGCAAAGCCGGCUACAACUACAAAGGGCCUGGUUCAAGCAGGGUUCAAGCAUAUCCAUGCGUUAAAUCGCCAUCCCUAUUCUAGAGAGGUCUCUGGCGCUGAUGCAGAUAGCCAGAAGUCGAUCAAUAUUCGACAGCAAAACGAGGCACAUACGAUCAAACUCAUGAUGUACAUUUUCCCCCGCCAGUUCGGCUUACACAACGUCUUCACCUCUGCUAUUGAUGCGAAUCAGACAGCUCAAAAGUUUCACGAUUACACCCUUCGUGAAGAUGAAAUCGCCAAGAAAAUGAGAGCCAGUAAAGGCUUUCCUGAGAAAUCGUUACCAAAGUUGCCCAAACGACUAAGGGGCUCUACCAGAGACCUCGUGCAGCGUUUACAGAUUCUCCAUGCCCGGUGUUCUUACUUUGAGCUUCUCAGACACUACUGUCCAACAUUCCUCGAUGGAUCUCAUGAUCGAGCGACCCAAGCCACUGAAUCUCAAGCCAAACGGCACGCACGCCGCUAUCAUGCGGAUACUUCGGUGCUCCCCGAGUAUAAAUCCGUCGUGGAGCUGGCAUGCCCCGUCGCCUGCGUAUCGGCUUUCUGCCAAGCUGCACUUUCAAAGAUUAUCCCAGACAACUUCUGGGGUAGUGAAAAGAACUGCCAUAACAGAAUUGUGUUUCUCCGCAAAGUAGACCAUUUUAUCAAGCUUCGGCGGUUUGAAAUGAUUUCACUACAUGAGAUUGCACAAGAUUUCAAGGUCACGGAGCUUGCUUGGCUGGUUCCUCCCGCCUGCGAAGGGCAAAAAACUAGCCCGACGGAUAUAAAAAGACGAUAUGAAAUAUUUCACGAAUUUCUUUAUUAUGUUUUUGAUUCGCUUUUGAUACCCCUGAUUCGAAGCAAUUUCUACGUUACGGAUUCUAACACACAUCGGUCCCAAGUUUUUUAUUUUCGCCAUGACGUUUGGAGGCUAGUAGCAGAGCCAUCGAUGUUGAGCCUCAGGGAAGGAAUGUUUGAAGAAGUCAAGCUGAAUGAAGCGACGCGGAUUCUAGAUUCUAGGCGGCUAGGCUUCAGUCAGUUAAGGUUAUUGCCCAAGGGCACCAAGCUACGUCCCAUUAUGAAUCUCAGACGCAGGCAAAUGAAGGGUUCCAGAUGGCUUGGCCCCAGCAUCAACUCCGUUCUCAAGCCCAUCCACGCUGCAUUGAAGUUUGAGACGUUGACGAAUCCAUCUAAGCUGGGAUCAACUCUUUUCGCUGUUGGGGACAUUUACGAGCGCCUUAAAUCGUUCAAGGAAUCUUUGAUGCCAAAUAGCCAGCGCAACUUCUAUUUCGCUAAAUUGGACGUUAAAGCUGCCUUUGACACAAUACCUCAGUCGUCGGUUCUUAACUUGAUGCGCUCAGUUCCCAGCCAAGCUCGGUACAUCAUAACAAAGCAUGCAGAGGUGAAACCAGGCGAGCGAUUGGGUCUCACAGAAGGGGCCGGGCCAUCCAAACCCGUUCGCCGAUGGCACUCCACGGCCGUACCCCAGAGUGAACCGACCUCGUUUCUCAGCCGGCUGGAAAACGGGAUGGGAAGCAAGAAGAAGAAUACCGUCUUCGUCGACAGUGCGGCUUUCCAGAGUCACGAAACACGCAGCCUGUUGGCUCUGUUAUCCGAACAUGUCGGGCGUAACAUUGUCAAAAUUGGAAAAAAAUACUACCGACAAAAAAAGGGCAUCCCUCAAGGUUCCAUUUUGUCAACAUUUUUGUGCAACUACUUCUACGCCGACCUAGAAGCUCAGCACCUGGACUUUCUGGACGGGCCAGACUGCCUUCUGCUGAGGCUCACUGAUGAUUUCUUGCUCAUUACGUUAGACAAAGAGAAGGCUAUUCGGUUCGUCGAGACUAUGCACCAGGGCCUUCCUGAGUAUGGCGUAGAAGUGGGCCACGACAAAACGCUCGUCAACUUUGACAUGCAUGUUGAAGGCGAGAGCGUGCGAAAACUUGGCAGUUAUGACAAGUUUCCCUAUUGUGGCACCUUUAUCGACUGUAAAACCUUGGAGAUUACAAAAGAUCAUCGUCCGAACAAGAAUAUUGAUAUAUCAACGUCCAUUACCGUUGAUUUCGGACGAUCUCCAGGCCAGAAUUUUCAGCGUAAAGUGCUCAACUCGUUCAAAUACCAGUCUCAUCUCAUGUUUUUCGAUACGGAACACAACUCGGUCGAUACUGUUCUUGGUUCUUUGCGCGGCGCAUUCUCCGAGACUGCGCUCAAGAUGUGGGCUUAUCUGCGAUGUUUGUCUGUGUCUACGCGACUCUCAGUGAAUUUAAUCAUCGGGACUAUUAAAAAAGUGGUGGACAUCGCAUUCCUAAUCUUGACGAGUAAGUGGAGGAAGAAGCGGUUCGAGAAAUAUGCCUGCGAGAUUCGCAAGGCGCAGGUUAUUGCCACCGGGUAUUCUGCGUUUCUGCAAGUGUUGAGUCGACGACAGGCUGGGUAUGGCGAGGUGAUUGCAUGGUUGAAAGAGGAAACUGCUCGUCUUGCUACGACGAAAUGA